AUGUUGGUGGGUCAUCUCCUGAAAGCAGACGAUGCCCAACCUACGUCGUCUAAGAAGAUCUGGGCAAUUGUUGUUGUGCCUAUACUGUCAUCCUUAGCAGAUCGAUAUGGAAGAAGACCAUUGGUGCUCCUUUCACUUACUUUAUCUUUUGUUUGUCAUAUUCUCGCUUCUUUUGCUCCAAAUUAUUUGAUGUUCGUUUCUCUUCGAUUUAUAAUUGGUGCCUCUAGUGAUACUUUUUAUUCGCUCUGUACUGUCAUUACAUGCGAGAUGAUUCCUUCUGCAAGCCGAGCUUGGAUUACUCUGAUUGCGACAAUAGGUUUAUAA